AGCCUUCCACCAGCCUUUAGGAACACGACUCGUUUAUCUCCGAUUUUUUUUAAAAGUUCUUUCUUUCGUAGGCUUUCUUCAGGCCUUCCCGGUGAGAAGAGAAAUAGACAGACCGACCGACAGUGAGACCGAGCGGUGCGUGUGUUGUGUGCUUCCGCGGACUUCACCAUCCCUCUCGCAUCGCUUCCAAUUAUAUACAUAUACAUACAUACAUAUAUACACAGCUAUAUACGCAGCUGUGUGUUACACACUGCAAGACACGCUCCUCAACCGUUUCAUCGCCGCUACGCGCCCUCGUAGAGUAUUACCCCUUUCUUCUUUUCUUUGGCAACGGGUGAUUCACAGAGAAGACGAAGAAGAAUUACGAAGGCAAAGCAAAGCAAAGGGGCGGCUGUGCCCGCAUCCGUCUAUCCUUUCCUUUUUACCAGUUUAGGCAAGGAGUCGAAGAGGAGAGCGCGCGCGGGAGAGAACGCCCUCGUCGACCUUUGGCGGUUUUGUUUUACAGCUUAAAAAAGGAAAGUAAAUAAAAAUACCGAUAACGAAAGAGGCAAGGACCUCUGCCUACUUCACUCGCAGGUCUGCCACACACACACUCACACACACAGACACACUCAAAGCGGAAGAGAAGAUUGCAUUAUCUAUCUAUUUAUCGUUAUACACACACGUCUCUCUCUUCCGUUGUCCGACUUUCACUGCCUGCUUCCGCUUAUUUUUUUCCCUAAAGAAAAAGUAAAUCAUCAUUGCUGCCUCAUUGCCUGUACAAACUACGAGUCCUCUCCGUCACGGCCCAUCCUCCGUCGUACCACUGGCGGCGACGUCGCACGUAUUCUCAGAAAGGAAAUAACACGAAAGAAAAAGCGCAGUAGCACGAAAAGACGUGGGUGUCUCGAAAGAAACAAUUAGGCAGGCCUCCACCACCACCACCCACCCCCCACAGCUCUUCUUCUUUCCUCGAUCGUUUUGCAUAUUUAAAACAGUUACGGCAAUCAACGUUAAGGCGAGAUGGGGUGCAACAACAGCAAAACGAAAAGUGCGAAGAAGAAGAAGGGAGAGAACCGGCAGCGCGAUGGCACCGAGCCUGGGGAGAUGAUGGUGAGCGAAAUCAGCCGUCCUGCCGCCCCUGAGAACGCACCGCCGCCGCCGCAGCAGAGCGACGCGCCCAGCUCGCAAGUCGCAGGGGAGACCGCCGCAACGGGCGGCGAGGCGCAGCCGGCGGACGACCACCAGUCAGCGAAACCGCCGUCCGAGGCCGCCGACCCCGCUGCUGAAGCUGCGGAGGCGGCGAAGAGGGAGGAAGAAGCGGCGGUGGGACAAGGAGCGGCAGCGGGGGAGGAACACCCGUCGAUCGCCAACAGGUCGGACAAAGCGGCCGACGCAAGCACGACGGAGGCGACGGUGACGCGUGGGCCACAGCAGGACGGCACAUCGGAGACCAGCGAGUUGGACUUCCAGAUCGUGUCGGAGGAGGCGCCGACGUUCCGCACCGAAAACCCGCAGACGCCACCAGACGGGGGAGAAAAUGAAGAACCCGAGCGGCAGCCACCGCAGCAACGAGGGGUGGGAAGUGCAGCCGCGACGAACUCCGCGGUGGCGUCAACGCCCAAGGGCCAGUCCGCGCCGGAAGAGGCCCUGUCCACCUCUCGCCGACCGCCACCACCAGCAGCGGCGACCGACGCAGAGGCGGUGACCCCUGUAGCGCAAGACCGCGCCCCCGAGCCGACGCCGCAGCCGCGGACGGAGCGCUCCUCCGCGGCGCCGUCACACCGCAGCAGCGCGGCCGGCACGCCGUUCUUGCGCCCCGCCGCCGGCAAUCCGCAGCGACGGCCGUCGCACACCUCCUCGACGGCGGAGGAGGAGCCGAACCCGCGGCCGGUCGGCGGCCCACGCAAGGCAAGCUCUGGCAGCUCGCCGGCGAAGAUGAAGAAGAGGCGAGCCUUCCACGAACACCCACCGUGGGUGGACAUCGUGCCACCGCCUGGAGAGCAAGUGGGGGAGAGGGAGCCGGAGGAGGAGGAGGAGCGCUACAACGGGUACGCGCGGGCUCCGCCUGCCCGGAGGGCACCGGCAAAGCGGCGGUACAUCGAGCAGAUCGACACCGAUGGACGCACACCAUCGGAGCAGCAGCGGUGGGCUGGCCGAGCGCCGGUGGGUCCGCCGUCGGAGACCUCCGAAAACGAGCUGAUCAUCUCUGCGGAUGCAAUGCCGAACAGCACGCCGAAGGAGCGCGUGGCGGCGCGUCGCCGUCGCAACAGUGGUGGGCCCGCCGCCGGGGAGGUCAUUGCAAAGCCGCCACCGUCACCACAGCCCCACACAGCCGCGCAUGCGGAGGCGCCGUCGGCUCUGCGGACGCCCCGCUCGCAGCCCGCGCAGCAGCAGACGACGGCGCCUCCGCAUACGCGUACGCCGCUGCCGGUGCCACCGCAGCAUGUGCAGCAUCGACGCGCUCCUGCUGCCGCGCCGCCCAUCCCGGUUCGCACCUCCUACACCGACCCGAGCGCGAGUGCCGAGGCGACCGAGCCGCGUCGUGCGCUGGCGACGCAGAUGCCCCCGCCCACUGCCUACUACAUAGACGAGGCCACCGGUGGUCCGCGCCGGCUCAGUAUGGACCCGGUGGCGAUGGCAGCGAUCGAGACGUCCACCGCGGCUCUCAUCCGGGCCCACGCGCCGGCCGCACUCGGCAGCAGCGGGGAUCGCAACAUGGACCCCUCCGUGAUGUCGCAGCGCUCUCUACCGCCGUCGACGAUGGACGCUGCGAUGUACCGCGACCCCGGCAAGGUGCCGCCCUCUCACUUGAUAGACCCGAUGUACGCCCCGGCCGCGGUGGGACCGUUCGCCUCGGAGAAUCAUCGACAGUACGGGGACGUGGCCCCGCCAGCGGAUGGCGCGGCUGGUCGGUCCAGGGUGGCGUCGAAUGCCCCGAAUAGCGCGUCGCAGAGCUUCAACGGCGGCUCCCGGCGCAAUGAAGCAGGUGCCGCUGGAGCCGCUGCACACGUGCCCACCCGGCCGCCACCCGGCAGCAGCGACUACGGCGCUCACCGCUACGGCGACGAGGUUGACGCCGUCAGCGAGGACGCACCGUCGUCGGAGCAUCGCACGCCGUACGAGGUGCCGACGAACGCGGCGCAGCAGCAGCAGCAACCGUCAGGCGUGCGCGACGGUAGCGGCUACGGUGGGGCGGCCUCUGCCUCUGCCUCGCACCCGUCGAAGCCAAGCUCUGCGAUGCCGUCGAAGGCGUCGUGGUCGCCCGCGGAUGGGCCGUCCCUCGAAGUCGAAGCGCCGGGGGCGGAGUACAGUGAAGAGGAGGUGCCGGAUUACGGUGCGGGUGGGGGUGACGAUGAUGCGGCGGCGGCCGACGCCGGGAGCGCGCACGCGGACGACGCGGCGACCGUCACCACGACCGCCAUGACGGCGGUGCCGGCAAACGAGGGCCACGUCGUGGAGCGGCAGGACCCGAAGUGGGAGCUGCUGCAGCCUCCACAGGAGGAGAACAAGAAGCUCUAUCAGCAGGCGAAGUUUGUGGCGCAGAUGCGCAACGUGACGCCGAUUUAG